UAGUCUGUUCGCUGGUGAAAUAACGAAGCGGCUGUUGAAGAAGUUGUGUAACCAGUAAAACCACCGUGGAGUCAAAGGAGAAACCAAAAACAUCACGAGAUUUCCUGGAAUCAACACUUAUUAGUUUUCUCUUACUGUAAGUUUGUCUUCUGCGCGGUCUAACCUGCUUUGAAGCUUGAAAGCUCGCACUUAAUGUCGAAGCUGAGUCGGUGCUGAGUGUCAUUAUGAGAUGUCGUCUCAUAGCGCCUCCUUCGUGCAAAUCAAGUUUGAUGACAUCCUCUUUUACGAGAACUGUGGCGGUGGCAGCUUCGGGAGCGUGUACCGAGCCAGGUGGAUCUCCCAGGACAAAGAGGUUGCGGUGAAAAAACUGCUAAAGAUUGAGAAUGAGGCUGAAAUCCUCAGUGUCCUCAGCCACCGUAACAUCAUCCAGUUUUAUGGCGCCAUUGUUGAGGCUCCCAAUUAUGGAAUUGUCACUGAGUAUGCAAGUGGUGGAUCACUAUAUGAUUACCUGUCCAGUGACAACAGUGAGGAAAUGGACAUGGGACAGAUUAUGACAUGGGCUGCGGAGAUUGCACGAGGAAUGCACUACUUACAUUCAGAGGCCCCUGUUAAGGUGAUCCACAGAGACCUGAAGUCCAGAAAUGUUGUUUUAGCUGCAGACAGAGUUCUCAAGAUCUGUGAUUUUGGAGCAUCCAAGUUUUUGACCCACACAACACAUAUGUCCUUGGUGGGUACGUUUCCCUGGAUGGCUCCAGAGGUGAUCCAGAGCCUGCCUGUGUCUGAGACCUGUGACACCUUCUCCUAUGGUGUGGUGCUUUGGGAAAUGCUCACCCGUGAGAUACCCUUCAAAGGCCUGGAAGGCUUACAAGUGGCCUGGCUGGUGGUAGAGAAGAAUGAGAGGUUAACCAUCCCCAGUGGCUGUCCUGCAAGCUUUGCUGAGCUCAUGAGAAAGUGCUGGGCAGUCGAGCCAAAAGAAAGGCCAAUGUUCAAGCAGAUUCUCUCCACUUUGGAGUCCAUGUCUAAGGACAGCCAACUUCCUGAACAGUGCAACUCUUUCCUUCACAACAAGGCUGAAUGGAGGUGUGAGAUUGAAGCGACACUUGAGAGACUUAAGAAGCUGGAGAGAGACUUGAGCACUAAAGAGCAGGAGCUGAAGGAGAGAGAGCGGCGUCUAAAGAUGUGGGAGCGCAAACUCAUCGAACAAUCCGACAGCCCGUUGCUGCCCACUCUUGACAUCUAUAAAUGGACAGAGGAGGAUGUGUAUUUCUGGAUGCAGCAAAUAUUUGGUGCAGGGGAGAGUGCAUGUGGCAUGCAGCUGUAUGCGGACCUAUUUAAGGGAAAUCACAUCACCGGAAAGAGGCUGUUAUUAAUCACAGAAAACGACAUGCGGGAAAUGGGAGUCAAGUCCAAAGGUCACAUCAUGCACCUUAAGGCUGAAAUUGAAAAGCUAACCAAUGAUUACCUCGGGCUCGUCCAUUUCCCACCACUGUUGAAGGAUGAGCUGGAGACAGAGGUGGAAAAAAGUAAAACUGUAAAUCUGGAACUGGUAUUUGGGUACCACUGGAAACCUGGGACUGGAAAGUCUGACUGCAAAUGGAAAAUGUACUUGGAACUUGAUGGAGAUGACGUUGCAGUAACCUACAUCAAAGAUGUCAUUUUUAAUACCAACCGACAAGAUGUUGAAGUCCUGCGGAUGACUAAGCCACCUUUUGUGAUGGACAAAUGGAUCGUUGGAAUACAUCAGAACCAGAGAGUGGACUACACAGUCAAUUAUGAGAAUGAUGUGAAAUCACCAAAGUCUACUAGACACAGCUGCUCUGUGACCUGGAGUCACAGUAGUGGACAAGAUGACAUCAAGACUGUGGAGCUGGUCAUCGAAACAGCACCAGCUGACAUUGAGUGGAACCCCAGGAGCAGGUCUAACUCUGAUAUAGAUCCAACGUGGAUGUACCACGUACGGCUGAAGCAAAUGAUGACCCAGAAAUCACUGCCAUCGACUACUGCUCUGACUGCCCUUACUAGUUCUGAUGCCCGCACUCUCCCUCAGUUCCUGUCUGUACAUGAAAGCCAGGUGUUUUCUUAUGCUGCAGCUGUGCGUCGCUCUCCAAACCGCAUGCACGCAUCUGCCUGGAAUGACUCGCGUAGCUCUUCGCCAACUGCCAGCCUGUCGGCCAAGCUCUCGCCACUGCAUCUGGGGUCAAAGGGAAGCAGUCCCUCCAGCACUACGUCAGAGAGCACGUCAGAAAGAGAGCGUGAGCGCCCACUCAGUGCUGGGGCAGUGUAUGACCACCGCAGAUACAGUUACUUUGGUAAUACAUUAACUGUGCAAGGGGGGCAGGGUAGAGGCAAUGCAUGGAGCAGUACUAGAGGUAGCCAUAUUCAUAAUAAAACCAGCAGAACUUCACGUCAGCCAGGGAGGACACGGUCCAACAGUUACAGUGUCACAGCACAGAACCACCGAACCAUGAUACCAGGUAUAUUUUCUGUAACAGAAAACCCCAGUGAGGAAAAAGAAGAGGCCAAAGCCAGUGAUGGAGGGUGGAUCAAAGUGGAAUCAAAGAAAAGAUUACCACGUCAGGACAAUAAACAAGUCAGAGGUCGACAGAGGAGAGGCGGCAGAGGAGGGCGUGGUGCUGCUGGUGGAAGAACUUAAAGUAGCCCACACAUGAAUUGACAGCUUCUUGAAUGCUGAACAUUUCAUGCACUGAAACAGUUUUACCUAUGAAUCAUGUCUACCUACAUGCUCAAAAAUGAACUGCUUGUUGAUCUCAUGGAUGCUUAUGAUCUCCAUGUAGUUCUAUUUUUGAAAAACUGGCUGUGGUCCAGUUAGUAAUGUGUAUUUAUUAAACUUUCCAAAUGUUUCUUCCAUCUGAUGGCAAAUCAAACUGAUAGAAUACAUCUAUCAGUUGAGUUUCUUCAAGUCACCAAAUAAACAAUCAUAUGCCCAGACCCAGUAUCAAUACAUUUUCCAAAACCAUUUCUUGCCAUCCAUAGGCCUACUUACUGAUUUGCCUAAUUUGGUGUCACUCUCUUUCUGCACAGUAUUUUUGGCAAUGACUUCCAUGAUCUCCUGGUUCACCUGUUAGAAAAUGGUCAUAUAACCCAGGUGGAUGCUUGUUAUUUUAAUCAGUUUUGUGUUACAGGUCCCUAACUUUGUUAUUAUGAUCCCUGUUUCAAUCAUGUCCACUUCAUGCUGUUUAAAUAAAAAUGUCAUUCUGUCA